CCGAAGUUGAUCAGUCUGCUCAGAAAACUUAUCCGGAGGGAAAGUAUUAGAAUCGGUUUCAAAGGAGGAAAAAUCCAGGUUUUGUGCAAAGAAUUGCAUUGCAACCAGAGAGGACAUAACUUCUGUCAAUUAAGAGAAACAAUAUUGCACCCCGAAGUGUAGUCUUUGGUGAUAUUUUUACUUGUUCUGUGAAUACUUUGAUUUGUAAAGAAUAUAUUUUUUCGUUUAUUUUGACUGAAGUGUGCUGAAAGCACUCUCUCCAUUUGGAUGCGGACUGGUUUUUAGCUUUAUAAAUUGGAUAAUUUAACGCACGGGCAUUGCCUGUAAAUUAUAUUCACAUUUGGUGUUUAUCAAUUGCAAGACGAAUAUGUUUCUCAGUUUUUGUCUACUGCUGACAUUUGUCUUGGGGCUGACCGGGUCCUUUGGCUCAUAUGUACCAUGCGAGCCGUGCGACCAGAAGGCGCUCUCUAUGUGCCCCCCGGUCCCCGUCGGUUGUCAACUCGUGAAGGAGCCUGGCUGUGGUUGCUGCCUAACCUGUGCCCUAUCAGAAGGUCAGGCGUGCGGUGUUUACACCGGAACAUGCACCCAUGGCUUGCGCUGCUUGCCGCGGAAUGGAGAGGAGAAGCCCCUUCACGCGCUCCUUCACGGCAGGGGGGUGUGCACGAACGAAAAAGGAUACAAACCCCUCCAUCCACCCAUAGAUCAUGAGUCUCUGGAACACGAGGACACCCUGACGACUGAGAUCACGGAGGACCAACUGCAGCCCGCCAAAGUGCCGCUCCUCCCCAAGCAGGACCUCAUCAACAGUAAGAAGAUCCAGGCCAUGCGCAAGGACAAGGAGCGCAAGCGGGCGCAGGCCAAACUGCGCUCCAUUGGCCCCAUGGACUACUCCCCACUACCCAUUGACAAGCACGAGCCAGAGUUUGGUCCUUGCAGGAGGAAGCUGGAUGGGAUCAUCCAGGGAAUGAAGGACACAUCCCGUGUCAUGGCCCUGUCCCUGUACCUUCCCAACUGUGACAGGAAGGGCUUCUUCAAACGCAAACAGUGCAAGCCCUCUCGUGGCAGGAAGCGGGGCAUCUGCUGGUGUGUAGACAAGUACGGCUCGCAGGUUCCCGGCACAGACUACAGCGGGGGGGACAUCCAGUGCAAGGACCUAGAGAGCAGCAGCAUCAACGAGUGAAUAGGUGGCUCCGCCCCCACCCCGAUCACCUGACCCAGGGCCUCACCUCCUCCUUUCCCUCCCACCUGUCUGCUUCGCCCUCCAGUCACUUUUUGAGAUUUUCAAGAUGAAAAAAAACAAGACAACUAAACAAAUCAAAUGAAUGAACGAAAGGACAGGCUUGAAAAAAGGACACCUGAAAUCUUUUUUAUUUUUUGGACCGUGCGCUCAUCUCUUAAAAGACGGAACCCAGCAGGUUUUAAGCCCUUGUUUGACCCUCGGGCCCCUCCCCCACUAAGAGCUGGGCUCGGGCCCCUCCCCCACUAAGAGCUGGGCUCGGGCCCCUCCCCCACUAAGAGCUGGGCUCGGGCCCUUCCCCCACUAAGAGCUGGGCUCUGGCCCCUCCCCCGCUAAGAGGUGGGAGCCUCACUAACAAUUCAUGAAAAUAUAUACUUGUAUUGAUAUAUUUUUAUAGAAACACCAAACUUUGUGUCAUUUAAAGCUAACAUAAAAUGGAUGAAAAAAUGAAUAUAAGUCACUUUGAUUAUAAACAGGACUGUUUUGAUCUUUCACAUCUAUUGCUAUUGAGGUGUCAGAGGAGAUAGCUGGACCUUCUAUUGAGGUGUCAGAGGAGAUAGCUGGACCUUCUAUUGAGGUGUCAGAGGAGAUAGCUGGACCUUCUAUUGAGGUGUCAGAGGAGAUAGCUGGACCUUCUAUUGAGGUGCCAGAGGAGAUAGCUGGACCUUCUAUUGAGAUGUCAGAGGAGGAGGAGGUAGCUGGACCUUCUAUUGAGGUGUCAGAGAGGAUAGCUGGACCUUCUAUUGAGGUGUCAGAAGAGGAGGAGGAGGUAGCUGGACCUUCUAUUGAGGUGUCAGAGGAGAUAGCUGGACCUUCUAUUGAGGUGUCAGAGGAGAUAGCUGGACCUUCUAUUGAGGUGUCAGAGGAGAUAGCUGUUCCUUCUAUUAAGGUGUCAGAGAAGAUAGCUGGACCUUUUAUUGAGGUGUCAGAUGACAUAGCUGGACCUGCUAUUGAGGUGUCAGAGAGAAUACCUGGACCUUCUAUUGAGGUACCAGAGGAGAUAGCGGGACCUUCUAUCGAGGUGUCAGAGACAAUAGCUGAACCAUCUAUUGGCAGAAAAAAAAAACUUGAGAGGGUCUUUCUGAUACAGUUGACUCUAUCUGGUAUUUGGUUCUGUCAGAGCACUUUUGAAUAAGGGAACCUGCUUGGAUAUGUGUUACUUCACUAAUUUUGUGUGAGCAUGCAUGCAUGUAUGUGUGUGCGUGCGUGUGUGUGUGUGAAAGAGAAAGGGAGUGAGCUUAACACAAGAAUGACCUUUUUUUCCUCUCGCUCUCUUUUGUUGUUUUUUUACAACAACAACAUUUAUGGCUGGUGCUUGAAGUAGUCUUGAGGAUGGCUUUCUCCCACUAGGCUAUGUAAAACUAGGUCUAUGGGAGAUGGAGAAAGUUCGACACAAUAAUCAGAUCAUUACAGACAAACCUAUGUUAGUGGCUCAUUGACUCUGCAUCUAGCCUGACAUGCCAACUGUGCCUAUUGUUACCAUACACUGCCAUGCAGGGCAACAGAGAACUUAUCGGAGAACGCUGCCCCUACUGGUGAAGGGAAUACUGCCACAAAGUGCUCAUACUGUCAUCUGAUGUGAGCUCUGCUUGGCCCAACAACCGGGACUUAAAGAAUAGUGGAAUGAACCCUACAGUCCCGCAAUAACUAACAACAGUAAUUCUUUGUUUUGCUAAAGUAUGGGCAAAAAUUGUAAGUACAAGGAUUAAGCAUGUUUGCGGACUUGCAUUCACCAGUGAGGUUAGCUGUUUUUUUUUGUCUCAGUUGCUCGAGGGUGUUAGUCUUGUGUGGUUUUGUUUGUACUGUUGUGUAGUAACCGCCCACUUUUGAGCCGUGUUCCUUAACCAACGGGCCUGCUACCAUGGUCACCACGGCUACAGUGGAACCUUGGUGUAUUACUUUUGACUAUAAAUUAACUCAUGUUUUCUUUUUUUAACUAAAGAAAUACAAUGUACUGUUGCUUGGGAAAAAGACGUGUGCAUUUUAGCCUGUGAACAAUUUGAAUGGUUCCAUGAUGCCUGGCCAUCCUUAUUUGAAUAUGAGACAGUCAAAAAAAGCUAUAUCCCACCUAUUUUCUCCCCCCUUGGCUUGCAUGCCGCCCCUCCUCGACAACUUGUUUUCUAUACAACACAACAUUACUUGCAUUCGAAAUGGUGAGCAGUUUUCCUUUUAUUUUUAUUAUUAUUAUUAUUAUUAUUAUUAUUAUUAUUAUUCUACCUUUAUUUCAACAAGGAACACAGACUGAGACCAAGGUCUCUGUUAGAGCUGGGCCCUGCGUAUACAUGUUUACACAUACAGUUUAAGUACAAUGAUUAAGAAACUACACAAGACAAACAAAACGAUCACAGACAACACACAAGAAUACAGCAGCAGAUUGUUUCAUUUACACACAGGUUAUUCCCCUAAUAGGUUAUUCCCCUAACAGGUUAUUGCCCUAACAGGUUAUUCCCCUAACAGGUUAUUCCCCUAACAGGUUAUUCCUCUAACAGGUUAUUCCUCUAACAGGUUAUUCCCCUAACAGGUUAUUCCCCUAAUAGGUUAUUCCCCUAACAGGUUAUUCCCCUAACAGGUUAUUCCCCUAACAGCACAAGAACUUGCAUUACCCAAAACAGUUACAAGCAACACAAAA